AUGGACACCUACUAUGACUACUUCAAAGAAACGAACCCCGAGGAAUAUCGCUUCUUGGAUUUUUAUAAGUACCGCAGUAAGCAAACUGAUUUCACAUAUUCAUUUCAAAAGGAAGCAGACAUACUUCGGAAAUGUCUGUCCAACAUGUUGAGAGAGAGUUCGGAAGACAUUAAGAAACGGAUUAGUCUGCUACUGCAAGAUUUUGAGGCAAGUUAUUUUGAUUUUUCUGAAAGGUUGGCACGCAGUAUGGGAGAUUUCCAGCAGUCCCGAGAAGGGGUAAAAACUCUCACAACUACGGUGGGCAUCUACUUGUUACCCAUCUUAUGGUCUACUUGUCCGUUGUGGUCUGCCAUAGGCAGUAUGGGAGUCUUCCAGCAGUCCCGAGAAGGGAAACAUCGAUUGCGCAAUCAGGAUAUCAAUUACUUCUGGAACAGAAUCGAGUUAGAGUGUAACAAAAAUGAACAGCAACGUCUAGAGUCAGAGAGAACUACGCGAACACUACGAUGCUACGUCAGUAUAAGAAGUAAGACACAAGAUAUGAUGGAGAACAUGGCCGAGGAGACAACAGAAGAAGCCGAGAAUGCUCGCAAGCGAUUACAUUCCGAGUUCUCGGGAUAUAAACAAAACGAGGAAGGAUUCUCAACCCCACCAAAUAAGAUCAGAACCUCCAAUAGAAUGUUCUCGAAUGAAAGCCCAUCCACAAUAAGAGAUCCGAAAAUAAUGGAAAUUUUUGAUGAAAAUAUUGCGUCGGAUCUGAAAGAGAAAGCUCAACGAUCUACCUCAUCUUUUCUGUCAAAAAAACGUGCAUGCAACACACAGCAAGAGGAUGAAAAAGGUAUUACAGAUGAAGAUUUGGCGAAUUCAGUGAUCGAUGCCUCCAACGCUUUCGGCCAAGUUGAAUUUCCGUUAUAUUAUAGUAAACUUAAAUCUAUCUGGAACAGUAAAGAUGCUACAAACUAUUAUGUUAUCGAUUUAGGAGAUAAAGAUACAUUGUAUAAUGUUCAUAAUCUUUUAGAUGAGGAUGAGUUGAAAUCGUUGUUUAAAAG